UCUAAUUGUAAAUAUUGUGGGUUAUAAGUGGUGUAAAAUAAUUGACUCGUAUAUAUUCAUCCGAAAGUAAAAAAGGCAAGAAUGAUCUUGACAGCAGCUUUUCAGUUUAUGGUGGUAUGUACUUUAGCUAGACUAUCCUAUGGAGGAAUCCUCCCAGCUCAAUCAUCAAAAGCUAGAGAAGUAUUAAGUUUAAAUGGUCUAUGGUACUUCACUACGAACGCUAGUUUUGUUGAUCAUAUAGAAGAGGCCAAUGAUUUAGAAGUAAAUCUUAUGCCAGUACCAUCCAGUUACAAUGAUGUUUCUACCAAAUUCAAUGUAAGAGAGCACGUGGGAGCAGUGUGGUACAAAAGAACCUUCUUUGUACCAAGCUCUUGGCAUACUAAAAAAGUAUGGAUCAGGUUCGGAUCUGUUUGUUACAAUGCUAGUGUUCAAAUUAACAACCAACUUGCGCUAACUCACUCUAUUGGUCAUUUACCGUUUGCUACUGAAGUAACUUCUUACCUGAAUUACGGAGAUGAAAACUUUAUUACUGUGGAAGUCAACAAUAUACUAACGAAUACUUCAAUACCCCAAGGAUCUGUUGAAACACUUAUAAGUGGAAGACUUAAGCAAACUUACACUUUUGACUUCUUUAAUUAUGCUGGAAUUGACCGGCCAGUUUACUUGUAUACUACUAAUGAUGCAUAUGUUGAAGAUGUCAAUAUAAGGACUCAAGUCAAUGGAACAACUGGUCUGAUUUACUAUAACAUAAGUUGUACUGGGUUAGAUGCUACCACAAACAUUCAUGUGAACAUUUUAGACAAAAGAGGUAGCACAGUAGCUUCAUCACAGAAAUUAGCAGAUAUUGUUUUAAUAACAGAUGCUAUUCUUUGGUGGCCAUACCUGAUGCACGAUGAUCCAGGUUAUCUUUAUUCUUUAGAGGUUCUACUUGUGAAAAAUGAGGUAGUUAUAGAUCACUAUAAACAACCUUUUGGUAUAAGAGAACUGAACUACAACAGCACUAGUCUUACAAUAAAUGGAAAAAAUAUUUAUAUCAGAGGGUUCGGUCGGCAUGAAGACUCAGAUAUACGGGGCAAAGGCCUUGAUUUACCGCUGAUAAUACGUGAUCAUAACCUUAUUAAAUGGAUUGGCGCUAAUUGUUACCGCACGUCGCAUUAUCCAUAUGCUGAUGAAAUUAUGGAUUUGGCCGAUCAACUUGGCAUAAUGAUUAUUGAUGAAGUACCAGCUGUUAAUACCGGAACAUUUACAACAGAACUAUUGGAGAAUCACAAACGAUCCUGGACUGAGUUAUAUCAAAGAGAUAAAAAUAGACCAUCGGUUAUUAUGUGGUCUAUUGCUAAUGAACCAAGCACAUACGAAAUUGCUUCGGAAGAAUACUACAAAAAUGUUGCAGCUCAUGUCAAGCAAUCCGAUAUCUCUAGACCUAUCACCAUUGCUAAUUACUAUACAUAUGAUCAAGAAUAUUCUGGUCAGUUCUUAGAUAUAUUGGGAGUAAAUCGUUACGAGGGAUGGUACGUGGAUGUUGGCCAAACGGAUGCCAUUUACGAAAAUGUUAUAAAAUUAGCAAGAGGUUGGCAUGAAAAACAUAAGAAGCCAGUUUUAUUUACGGAGUAUGGAGCAGAUUCACAAGAGGGAUUAAGUUUCCUACCGUCUUAUAUAUGGUCUGAAGAAUACCAAACUGACGUAAUGGCCGAAUAUUUUAAAGCAUUUGAUGAACUUAGGAGUGAAGGCUGGUUUAUUGGCGAAAUGAUUUGGAACUUUGCUGACUUUAAAACGGAUCAAAGUACUACAAGAGUAGGAGGCAACAAAAAGGGAAUAUUCACACGCAACCGUCAGCCCAAACAGGCAGCUUUUCUAUUAAGAAAGCGAUACUGGGUCCUUGCCAAUAAAUUGGAAAAUGCAACGAUCCCAACUGAUUUAGAGCCAUAUGUUAUAGUUUCCCUUAUAAGUAGCAAUAAGAAGUCACAAGAGGACAUUAUAAGUAACGCAUUUGCUAAAAAUGUAUAUUAAGUAUCAAAAAAAAAGCUAUAAUUGCGCUAAAAA